AUGCUAAGCUUAGUCACAUCCAAUCCAGUGGACAUGCAGCACCUCGACAUGGACAGGGACAACAAGAAACCUGGAAAAGACAAAGGUGGAAACCGAAAGCAUCUGUUGCACCGCAGAUCAUCCCAGUCACCUAAUAUUGAAGGGCUUUGUUUUGAGGAGAUGUCCCAGUGGUCGAUAUCACUAGACAGACUUCUAACAUCCAAAUAUGGCUUGAAGAUAUUCCAGGCCUUCUUGAAGUCUGAGUUCAGUGAUGAAAACAUUGAGUUCUGGUUGGUGUGUGAAGACUUCAAGAAGAUCAAGUCUUCGUUCAGGAUGACCUGCAGGGCGAAAAAGAUCUUCAAACACUACAUUCAAGCUGAGGCCCCAAGAGAGAUCAACAUUGAUCACAAGACAAGGGAGCUGAUCAGGCGGAAUAUCAAAGCGCCCACCGCCGUGUGUUUCGAUGAUGCCCAGACCAUCGUCUUCGGCCUCAUGGAGAAGGACUCCUACCCACGAUUCCUCAGGUCUGACAUCUAUCAGACUUUUAUGGAAUCCACAUCAGAGUCAGUGAAGAUGUAAAGAGUAAACAUAGCACAGACUGUACUGUUUGUUAGUGGACUGUGAAGCUGAGCCCGAUGCUGGACUACCUGAGAGAAACUGCGGUGUGCGAUCGCUUUUCCCUGAGACCGUCGAAGAACAUGUCCUGAUGACCAUAUAUGACUGUUUUACAAAGGUGUAUCCAUGGUACAUAGAGUUCAAUGCCUGCAGUUGUACAUUUAAAACGAAAUCAGCUGCUCUUACUGUCACUGUAAAGCAAAAAAAUUUCCCAGGGAUGUUACAAUAAUCCGCUGAAAAGGCUGGGGACUUUCUGUCUGAGUGGAAAGGAAGUGACUGUGGUGCAAACGGCGCCUUCCGCCAACAAUGCAAAUGCAUGAGCUGGUAUCUACAUUUGCACAUUGCUGUUCCCCCGACUAAAGCUAACAGUAGAUGCUAUUGAAAAGUGGGUUUUCCGACAGUGCAUUAUGCAUUUUAAUAUUACAACAUUGGUGUUGCUGCACUGAAUCGACAAGGAUAUGUUACAACUAUCUGUAAUAAGCUAAAUGUAAAUAUGUAUCUGUGGAAGCUUUGAGAAUGUGAAGAAUUAUUUGUACAUAAUUAAUAAAACUAUUCACAUAUUUGUGUAUUAACA